AUGCUGCCGAUCCCGGACAACCUCGCGUACCCUAUCGAGGAGAAGACAUGGGGGAAAUCCGUCGAUACACUCGAUGAGAAGAACCAGACGGAAGGAAUACUAAACGGCCAUAUAACUUGUGUAUUGCGGGCAUGGAAAAUGAUGGGCAUUACCGACCGUGCCCUAUGGAACGAUUUUCGCGAAGAAUUCGAUGGAUGGACUCUGGACACAUUCAAGGUGGCAAGCAAAACCGCAUUGAAGAUGAUUCGAAUCCACCUGACUACACACGGAGUAUGGAUCAAGAUAGCCAUCGGUGUAUCAUACGCGAAGGGAUUGUAUGACUGUCUCCAGGAGGACAUUCAACACGAAUGGACCAAAGAAGACAUCGAGGCCCAUCUGAAGGAGCACCCAGACAACUUCAACUCCAGAUGGAACCCUGCACGCGGCCAAUCACCGGCCAUCCGUCCAAAUGACCUAGCAGCGCGAGCGACUUCGGUGAACCCACUAAAUCCUCAAACUCCACGAACGAAUGUUGAGAAACCACAUAUCGAACGAAGCGACCAGAGAUGGGAAGAAGCCAGAUCCGUCACGCUCGAUACAGCCUAUAUAGAUAAUCGCAUACAGCAACAAUCCGAUUACGGUAGAUUCCAACAAAAUUCCUCGGACAUGUCGUUACCGAGAAUGAUUGAAGCAGUAACGAGGCAGUACAGCAACGCGGACGACAAGUAUGGCGGAGGACUGUAUGAUGACUUCAACACAAAGUUAGUCAAGUUUUACGACGUCUGUGAAAAGAUCGGCCUACAGGAGCAUCAAUUUCACAUUGCAUUCUCGCUUCUGCUGAAAGGAAAGGCGGAGAAAUAUUACUUCACAAGGAUCAAGGGAAAGGCGAGAGAUUUUCCAACAAUGGUAGAAAUGAUGAGGGCGCACUUUGACACAGAAGAAAACCGUCAAAGAUCUAUCACUGAAUGGAGAGAGACUACCUUUCCGAGGAUCAUUGCUCAGAACCCGGAGAAGUCGCGCUCGGAAUGCCUCGAGAUACUCUUCGAAACACUCGAGAGGAUCCAGCCAGGAUUGCCCCCAGAACACCGGUCGGAGACGACCCUACGGGAACAAACAAUAAAUGCCUGUAGAGGUGUUGAGGAAUGCAAAUUCUCCUUACACAGGCCGGCGAGCACUCUGGAGGGGGUGCAAGCGGAACUACGAUCAGCAGUUGCCAAUGCGACUUUUUCACCACGGUCGGGGCAAUUUCAAGCUCAUGAGGAGUACGACGUGCACGAUCAGCAUUGGACUGACCGCACAUACGGAGGGAGAGGCCGUGGCCGCGGAAGUUAUAGCCAGCACAGAGGAAGCUACGCUUACGGUAACAACCGUGAACUCACUCCCUUUCGUGGAUCAGCACCGCGAGGAAGCUACCGUGGGAGUCGACGGGGCCAUCAAGGGUCCCGCCAAGGGAGAUGCUAUGUCUGUGGACGACCAGGGUGCUGGUCGAAGUAUCAUACCGGGGAGGAACGAAGACAAUCACUCGAUAACUUCCGCCAGCAACACUACUUCACCACAGGCCAAGCGGCCACCCCACAGGAUUUCCAGAUGUUCCUUAGUGAUUUUGAAGGAGACGAAAAGACAGAAGUGCUGGACAGCAGCGACAGGCAUGGAUCAACCCCGAUGCUCGCAGACAUGACUAUCGAGGAUGACGGGCACGAGGGGUUCUUCACAGAGCUCGGAGAAGUCGACGGGAUUAGAAUGAUAUCCAUCCUAAACGACCAGUCAGCGUACCACUUUCUCACUAAAGACGACAUUUUCCAGCAGCGACAAGCCAACGGACAGGCCAUUGAAGUGUUCACACUCGACAACCGGUAUUCAGCUGACACCUUCCAAGGCAUUAUGCCAGAUACUGGAGCCUCUGGAGUUUCAUCUGCGGGUGAACCUCAAUUCAAGGCAUUGUGCAAGUUAGACCCCAAAGUCAGACUCAAUACCUCCCGGGCUGGGGAACAUAAGAUCAAAUUUGGAGACGGAGACCCAAAAGUCUCCUUAGGCACUGCCGAUGUCGAUACCCCAAUUGGCUCUAUUACCUUUCACAUCCUUCCCACGAACACACCAUUUCUCUUCUGCCUCAAGGACAUGGACGCUAUGGGAGUGGAGUUACGAAAUAAGAAGAAUGUGCUCGAGCGAGGAGACAAGAGAGUACCUAUUGUACGUAAAUGGGGACACCCAUGGAUGUUGCUGCACAAUCUGGAGGAGGCAGCAGCAUGGAGCCACCUUACCGAAUCAGAGCUACGACAACUUCACCGGCGUUUCGGACACCCGUCAGUACAUAGAUUGACCCGAAUCCUACAACGCGCCGGGCACGAGGUGAAUUCGCAGUGCAUCGACUACCUCACGAAAUUCUGCCACCAUUGCCAGAUGAAAGGUAGAUCUCCAGGACGAUUCAAAUUCACUUUGAAAGAUGACUAUGAGUUCAACUACUCGGUCAUCGUCGACAUCCUGUACCUGGAAGGAAAACCUGUUUUGCAGGUCAUCGAUGCAGCCACGUCAUUUGGUGCUGCGAGAUUCCUGAGAGACAUGUCGGCACGUAAUGCCUGGGACACACUUCGUGCAUGCUGGAUCGAUACCUACCAGGGACCCCCGGACUACGUUGUGCACGAUGCGGGGAAGAACUUCACAUCUACCGAGUUCAAGCAGCUUGCAUCGUCGAUGUCGAUCAAGGUGAAGGAGGUCCCCGUGGAAGCCCAUAAUAGCGUCGGGAAAGUGGAACGAUACCAUGCACCACUGCGCCGUGCCUACGAAAUUCUCAGGGAAGAGCUCAAGGACGAGAACAUUGACAGGGAGAUGAUCCUGCAGAUGGCCGUGAAAGCUGUUAACGACUCAGCCGGACCAGAUGGAAUUGUCCCAACGUUGCUUGUCUUCGGGGCAUACCCGAGAAUGACCGAAAUGGACCCACCAUCACCUUCGGUAGUCAAGAGAGCUGAGGCUAUCCGUGCUGCAACCAAAGAGGUCCGGCGCCUGCAUGCGGAGCGCCAGGUGAAUGACGCGCUUGCUAUGCGCAACGGCCCGAAUAUUACCACCACGUUGGACCUACCUUUGCAGUCAGAUGUUCGAGUCUGGCGCGAGAAAGGCGGAUGGAAGGGCCCAUACAAGCUCUUAGCGAUGAAUGGAGAAAUUUGCACCGUGGAUAUGCCAUAUGGUCCUACGAAAUUCCGAUCAACUGUUGUCAAGCCCUACCACAGAGAAGAACUCCAAGAGGAAGAGGGAGGGCAACGUCGGAUCAGGGCAGAGGACGACCAAGUGGAUAGGACUGUCGAUUCGGAACAAGUCCACGAGCCCGAUAAACCAGUCGAAAUCCAACGACGAGGUCGAGGACGACCACUAGGAUCGAAAAAUAAACCGAAGCCGCAGACAACCAUGCGGCGGAGCACCCGACGAAACCCUACUCAUCAUCAAGACCUCGAGGAUCAAUUCAUCAAUGCUAUCUGGGAAGGACAAGACGUUACAAUGGCACUCAUGACGAACAAAGAACGAGCAGAUAUGGAACUGUCCAUUAAGUUGAGGAAUGACGGUGUCAUCACGACCCCUGGAUUGCCAUUUGAUCAAUCUCGGAACGAGGAGAUCGAAGGGCUAAUAGCCAGAGGCGUGUUCGACUUCGUACGAUACGACCCAGUCAAGCACGCUGGUAUACGCAUCUUCAAUUCCCGUUUGGUCAAUGAAAUCAAGGGCAAAGCCACGGGUACGCCUUUCGAGAAGUCACGACUCGUUAUCCAGGCCUACAAUGACGAAAGGAAAGGGAUGAUUCUUACCCAAUCCCCGACGAUCCAACGAGCCAGCCAACGGGUCAUCGUCGCACUGGCCCCGUCACUGAGCGAAAAGAACAUCAGCCUAUCGAUCCGGGACAUUACGCAGGCAUAUGUCCAGUCAACAACCUCAUUGAACCGACUGAUUCUGGCGCAGCUACCCAAGGAGAUCAAGACCAAGUUCCCAGCCGGCACGAUCAUGGUAGUGCGGAAGCCGUUAUACGGGAUCCCUGAAGCCGGAACCCAUUGGUGGGCGACGUACCACAAGCACCACCGGGAAAAGCUCAAGAUGGUCACAUCUACUUACGACCCAUGCCUGUUGAUCUCGACAGCAAAUGAAGCUUUCGGUGUUGUCGGAAUGCAAACCGAUGACACUCUGAUUUUGGGGUCCGACGAGUUCGCCAAGCUCGAGGAGAAGGAAUUGGCAGAAGCAAAGUUCAGCGCUAAACCUAAGGAUACACUAUCUCCAGAGAACCCGCUGAUAUUCAAUGGCUGUGUCCUGACACAGAAGGAAGGAGACGUUGCCGUUGAAUUACGCCAGAAGGAGCAGGGUAAGAAGCUCAAGCUCAUCGACCACCAAUCCAAGGACCUCAAGCAAGGAUACAUGGAACAACGUGCUCGCGGAGCUUACAUUGCGACGAUCUGCCAGCCGGAAGCUGCAUUCGACCUAUCCGUUGCCGCCCAACACCAGAAUCCUACGGAAGCCGACGUCAACGCGUUGAACAAACGCAUCAAGUGGCAAAUGAAGAACCUGGACAGGGGCAUCAAAUACAUCGCGAUAGAUCUCUCAACUGCAAAGCUCUUCGUAUUUGUCGAUGGCUCAUUCGCGAACAACAAAGAUUUCAGCUCCCAGAUUGGAUAUGAGAUUAUUCUCGCAAACGAGUCCACACAGGAUGAGGAAUUUGAGAUCACCGGAAACCUGAUCCAUUGGAGCUCAACCAAGAGCAAACGAGUCACCAGAAGCGUCCUAGCAUCGGAGAUCUAUGGGAUGGUAGGAGGUGUCGACAUGGCAAUUGCAAUCGGCACAACAGUCAAGAUGAUCAUGGACCAACUCGGCUUUGGGAAGAUCCCUACCAUCGUAUGCACGGACUCAUACUCUCUUUACGAAUGUCUCGUCAAGCUCGGAACCACCAAGGAAAAGCGCCUCAUGAUCGACAUCAUGGCACUUCGCCAGUCAUACGAGCGAAGAGAGAUAAUGGAGAUAAGGUGGAUCAACGGGAGCGACAACCCUGCAGAUGCAAUGACCAAAGCAGACCCCAACAAGGCCUUGGAGAAGUUCGUCAACACCAAUAACUUGCGAGUGCGAGUUGAGGGAUGGGUGGAGAGAAAAUAG